UCAUUCUCCGUUAUUGUUUAUCCACAUCUCACAUACUAAGCCAAGCUGGAACCAGAGCUUAGAAAAGCGUUUAAGGUUCAGCCCUCCAAGGAUCACUCGCGCUUCGCUAUGCAACUUUUUUCUUUGUUGUUUUGACCUGCCCCUCCCCACACACACACUUUGUGGAAUAUCCCAUUUCAUGAAUUGACGACAGUCUCAUUUGUGAAGUCAACAACAAGGUGGGACAACACGACGCAAAGUUACAGCUCGACGCAAGGUUAUAACACGCCACAAAGUUCUGCUCAAGGUAAUUCUUACCAAAUUUUUCUCAGAGGCACCGCCACGUAUUUGCUGGACCUACGUGCCAGUACAGAGUUGAACACAGAACGACACCGCCUGCGGCAAAGUUUAGAACGGACAGCACGUACACGGAAAUGGCAUUCUCCCUGAAGUUGGCGGUCGCCGCCGCCCUGGUCGUGACCCUGUCGGUCUGCAUGGUUGAGGGGUAUCCUUCUGGUGCUCCUGUCGAGGCCUGUAGUGCCAUGUUCCCGAACCACCGGAUGAACCACGAGAACUCCAGCCUCCCUGACGAGCGCUACAGCUCACAGAACCUGUCCACGGCGCCUUACCUCAUCACUGCUGCCAGGCAGGACAAUGGAAAGGUCCAAGUGUCCCUGGGAGUUACCGAUGCGGCCCAGUACUACUGGGAGGGCUUCUUCCUGCAGGCCCGACUACAGGGCACUACCGCCCCGGUGGGCAGGUGGGAAGUGCUUCCAACCGGCACCCAGACCAGGGAUUGUCCGGGCGGGAUGAAGAAUGCCCUCACUCACACGUCAGAGACGAAGGUCCGAACUUUGGACGCUACCUGGACGCCACCUGCCGCCCCGGCUAAUAUGACAGUCGUCUUCCGCGUGACAUUCGUCAAGGGAUUCGAGACGUUCUGGGUCGGCCUGGAGUCGGCUCCUGUCACCGGCGUGAAAGCCUAUGUGAGCGCUACUGUCCCCCUGAAGGCCCUGACAACUGUCGUGUUCAGCACCGCUCUGAUGGCAACCGUCGCCGCCAUGUUCUGAGCAGGAUGAUCCAGUCAUGUGUAGCCUGCCUUAAGUUAAGAGCAGUGCAUUUUUUCUAGAUAGAUCGUUUUAAGUUAUGGUGGAUACUAGCGGGGUUAAAGUAAGGGAUGACAUACCGUACGGUGACAAAGACUUGUUGUUCUACUCUAUUUGUUUCAUGUAAAGCAUGGGGUGACGUUAGUAUAUAAAUACUGUGUAUAUAUACGUAAUGGUUACAGGGUACCAUAAGAGAGAUCUGUUCCGCAAGUCAAUCAUCACCGCUUUACAUCGUAAGCUACAUGUAACCAAAAGAUCAUAUUCAAGACAGAUUUGAUAAUAAUUACUUAAGGAUAAUAAUGACUAAUGAAAGAAAUGGAAAAUAAGGUUGAUGGAAAUAACGUUUCACUAUCACCAUUGAAUCUGCUUUAUACCAUGAUAGUUCAGAAAACCAGCACAACAAUAUGGCAAAUCACACAUUAAAAGUAGCAAUUGACCAGAGAGGAAAUCAUGUUAACAACAUAUAGCAUCGAUCAAGCACUAUCAGAACUA